GAUCCACCAGUAGCAGCAUCAUCUCACGAUUAAUUCCUUCCCAUAAUGCCUCUCGCUAGUGCUCGCUGGCGCUGUCUGUGGUGCUGAAGCUGCUCUCGCCGGCGGCAAGAGUUCCCGUGCUCCAGCAUCACCUCCGCGCAAAGGCGUUACGCGCUGGUCAGCGAGAGACAGCCGCGAUCGCCUAUUCCAUCUGUCCCUUUAACGCGUUUUAAUAGUCUGGAACCUCUAGCGUGUUUAGCUCCCCCCCUGGACCAUACUCUCCGGUCGCGCUUGUGUUUUUCGGUUCCCGUUCGGCUCGCAUCCUUUAUGCACAGCACGCUGCUCCAGCCCUUAAAGAGAACACAGGCAUCCGUGUCGGAACAGCAUGGCUUCCUGAGCGAGAUGGAAGCGAAGCAGCACUCGAUCAAGAGCCUGAAAAGCUAUCCGGAGGCUGGGGGCCGGAGUCUGGCGGCGGCGGCGGGUGGGGACGGCGGAGGUGGAGGGUAUCGCGUCGGCGGCGCGGAGAUGGAGAUGGAGGCGAAAAUACAGAAAGCGAUCGACUUCAAACUGGAGGGUCACCGAUGCUACAAGGAGAAGAAAUUCCGGGAAGCUAUUGGGAAGUAUCACAGGGCGCUGCUGCAGUUGAAAGGGAUCCACGUCGUCGACGGGACCACCGGAUCCGAGGUGAACCUCCUGAACCAAGCCGCGGCCAAGCUGACGGAGGAGCAGCGGCGAGCGGUGGAGAGCACCGAGAUCGAGUGCUACGACAGUCUGACAGCGUGCUUGCUGCAGUCUGAGCUGGUGAAUUACGAGCGGGUUAAGGAAUACUGUUUGAAGGUACUCGGACACCAGCAGGAUCACUUUAAGGCCAUGUAUCGUGCAGGGAUUGCCUUCUACCACCUGGGAGACUACGAGUGUGCCCUGCGUUACCUACGUGAUGCCAAGUGCCGUGAACCCACAGACACAAACGUGCUGCGAUACAUCCAGCUGACAGAGAUGAAGAUGAGUAAGACCGGUCAGCAGGUGCGUGAGAGUGGGAAAGAGUCACUGGGUUAAUUCAGCCCGACCCCCCUCUCCACGCCACACCCUAACCCUGAUAGAAAACCUCUCUUCUCAAGUCUCUCCCCUUUUACCCACAAUGCCCCCCUAUCCCUUGGACAACCAGGAUACACGUGCUGCGCCCCUCUCUGAAAGCGGACUCGAAACGGGCACAGCCACAGCACAGCACCCCGCGACUGUCUUUUCUCGCUCCGAGAUUUCUCUGUCCCUUUAAAUCCGACGUCCCCGGUGCUUUCGUUUCCCAGGUAUUGAGAAAUUGACCGAUGAACAAAGAACACGAAGACGGAAAAAGAAGACAUGCAUCUGUUACAAUGAUAUAAACAGCGGGGCUACGGCAUUACAGUUUAAAAUUACACGAUCGAAUGAGGAUAUGUUUUGAGUGGCAGAAUUGAAUCUGUUGGUAGAGAACAGAGUGAAGCACACGUAUCAAAGCCACACUGCUACUUAAGCGCAGAAGAUGAAGGUCAGUGAUUAGGCUGGUGACCUUUGAACUCACUCUGAUCCAUUGAGAAGCAGUCUAUCUACUCAAUACAGAAGAGAAGCGGAGAGGUCGACGUUUAAUUCAAGCUCAUCUGCAAACGCCUGUUACUUUGUGUCUCCUUUUUCUCUCUCUUGAAUUUGGGCAUAUCUCAACUCAAUUUCUGAACUGUUUCAAUUCAAGGGCUAAUUCAAGUGUUUGUGAUUUGUCCUUUGAUAUCAAUUUUGUUUUGCCUCUCGGUUUGCUGUACUAUAGUGGUUUGAGCAAGUUGUUAUCUGUCCCUUUUCUCAAAGGUACGACAUCCUCUGUACUAAUGUUAGCAGGUGUUUUGUGAACCUUGUUGUCCAUUGCCCAUGUACUGGACUGUCUCAUAACCCCUCCCCCUUGAGAGAAGAGCGCAUCCUGAUGAUGUCACAACGGUUACGCAGCCUGUUGGAAUAUUAUUAACUAAUGGAGCCAUAUCGAAAACUCCCGUGUUUCUGCAAGAAACAGGAAGAAGUGCUUGAUAGAGGUCUGCUUAACCUACAUAAUAUAUCUAUCCCAAAAUAUCAGUGUUACAAAACAGUGGUAAGUAAAAGGACAAAAAUGCUCUGUCGACUCUGAGAAUUGUAAUUUUGACAACCAUUAAGCAUUACUCAUUUGUCGUCUUCUCAACGUUAUGCUUUUUUGAGCUUUGUUAUGGAAGCCGCUGUUGUUUCGUUCUUCAAGGCAGCAUCUCCGGUGGAUUCAUUUGAAUGUGAAGACGCCUUUGACAGCACAUGUCAUUCUGAGUCUAGUUUGGAUUAAUGGCUUUGAGGAGAUGGGGACAGACAGAUGAAAUUAUCCAUCUGACCUAAUAUAAGAGAUUUAAUUGUGUCAGUGGGACUCUGGGGACGUUGUGCCAUGGUUUCAGAUGAGAAGACACACUGAUGAGAUUCAGAACACAUAGCAGACCGUACAACCAAAUCUCUUUGUUGCAGUGACACUUGAGGCAUACGGUGAUCAAAUAGGCUGCAUUCAGUUACUCUUUCUUUCAUUUAAAAAAAAGUUUCAUACAUGCAGUGAGUAGAACUUUCAGUGAAUAUAAUUAAAAUGAUGAAUACUCACAUGCUAUUAAGACUCCAGUCAUAUCUUCUGAUUUAUUCCACAUGGAGCCAGUGGCCUUCUCAUGGGGCUUCCAUGUCUAACAGUAAUAAAGACAAUGAUAUCGAUAACAAUAAUUAUUCGCUCACUAUUAUAUAGUACUUUCUAGGUGCUCAAGGCACAAAUGAAUGGAGAUGAAAUGAACAGCGGAUAAUACACAAGCUUCAUACAUCCACACCAGUAGGUGUCAGUAUAUGCUUCUCUGGGAUGAAAAAGAGCUGGUGAAACGUGAACAAAAAAACGUAUUGAGUGCACCAUUUAACACUCAAAACCACCUCUUGAUAGUGUAGUCGUGAACGACAGGUUAGAGAAAUCAAGUGAUGUCUUUCUGUGCUGUUCUAACCCAAUCUCAUGAGGAAACGUAACUAUUUUACGAAAAGUGCUGAUUUCACAUUCAUUUUUAGGAUUGGCAAAGAGCGCAAGAUUUUUACAAAAAAUGUCCAUGCCUAAACUCAUUGAAAAACUAACCUUCAGCGAGACAUAAGAUGAUCGGAUGAAAAAGUAGAAUUGAGAUUUACCUACCAAACUGUCAUAACAGCAAAAUGUGAAAUAGUUACGAAUUUCCAUGACAGUGCGUUGGCUCUUCUGAAGCUUUCCUCCUUUCCAGCUCUGUCUCUUGUCUCUGUUUUGUGGCAGUUCUCUCUCCACCUUACCUUUGAUAUGUUCCUUUGAUUUCUGUAAAUGGUAAAGGUCAUUUUGUCUAUAACAGAGCAAUGCUGACAACACUGAUGUCCCGUGAAGAAUCUCGGUCAUCACCUUUGCUUCUUUUAGCUGUGGUCCAUAUGUCCCCAUGUGCUGGAUCUCUUUCUACACAGACGGAGAAUCAUCAAAUCUGACUGUUGUCAACAGACAACGACAAAAGCACAAACUGGUUUAUGGACAAGCAAAUAAACUUACUGUACUUUACUUUUUCUUGGAUGUCACUUGAGGUAUGUGUUUGUUGAAUGUCAAAGUAGACUUGUGCGGUUUAAAGACAUAUUAAAAUGGUUGUCGAAAGCUUUACUUUAUUAAAUUGUUUUUUAUCGAUAUGUGAGAGAGCAAAUGGGAAAAGACAAAUAAAAGAGAUUUAUGGAAAAAUAUAUUUAACAUUGUGAGGGGCAACUUUGUACCUGUGUAUACGUUCAGUUUUCCUCUUGUAUCUUGGAUUAUUUGUGAUGUCUUAGCCUUGUUUUUUGUUUGAUUGCCAGUCUGAGGAUUCGGGGUUUGCCCUUUGACCUCCAGAAAGUAAUGUCUGGGGUGGGUCUGGAGAGAAUGACAAGAGGGAUUUUGCAGAUGAAAAAGAAGGGGUGAGGGUACCCUACUGUCCCGAAAGAGAGAGAAAAUCCACUGGUUUCUUUUUCUUUUUUUCUCGCCUGUUCUGGAGAGAGAGAGAGACUUUGACCCUCUGGUUGUUCUGGUUACUAUAAUGUUAAUGCAUUACUGCGGUCAUUCAUUGCCUCUUUGGGAAGUACUGUACAUACUUCCACCGGACAUCAGAAGACCUGCAAAAUGGUUAUGUUUACCUGCAAGUCCAGGAAUGCACUAUUGAUUGGUAUUUGAAGUCUACAAUAAAGUUUAAAAAGAGAAACCGUAA